AUGGUCAACCUAACAAGACUGUCAAUUUUAAUUUCAUGCCUAUUAGCUGUGUCAUUGGCAUGGGAUCAGGCCCAUAUCACUGGACAUUUCUAUUGUUCCGUUUGGGGCCACAAACAAUGGAUCCCAAGUAGUACGCACUUGAGUUUCUGGGACAAAGGUCGCAUCUUUGACAAUGUUGUGGAGUGAGUUUGAAAUUAAAAAAAAUUUUUUGUAGUAAGUUACUGUAUUAACCAUAGCCUACUCUAAGAAAGGCAUAAAGUAGUGACCUAAACUUUGAGGUAGAGUUAAGAUAGAAUAACCAAUAGAAAAAGACAAAGCAAGCCUAAAGGUAAGGCUGGGGCUAGUUAGAUAUUAGAAACAAAACGUGUUAUCAGAGUUGGCAACAGGGCGGGUCAUUGACAAUUUUCUAUGUCCUGCCCUGUGCUCUGAUAUGCCCAGGACAUUCGAGUUGCGUGCCCUGCCCUGCUCUAUUACCGAUUAAAAAUAAAUGCCCUAUGCCUUGUUCUAGGACAGGUCACAAAACACCCUACGUGUAAGCCCAGUCCUACAAUCGGACCGGGCCGGUCUUAAGCUUAGGCCAAGUCUUAUAUGGUAAAUGAGUUCGUCUUUGGUUCUUACCGUAGAGCAGGUCAAGCUAAUGCUAAGACUUUGGGCUAGAGUAUGAGCUAAGGCUUUGAGCAAGGGUUUAAGCUAGGGCUCAAGAUAAGGCUUAAGCUAUGUCAUGCUAGAGCUCAAGUUGUUACGCUAGGCUCAAGCUAAAGCUCAAGUUAAGGCUCAAGCUAAGACACAAGCUAGGGCUCAAGCUAGGUCAAGCUAAGCUCAAGCUAGGGCUCAAACUAGAACUCAAGCUAGGGCUCAAGCUAGGUCAAGCUAGGCUCAAGCUAAGACUCAAGCUUAGAACUCAAGCUAGGGCUCAAGUUAGGUCAAGCUAAGCUCAAGCUAGAGCUCAAAUUAGGACUCAAGCUAGAGCUCAAGCUAGAUCAACGUGGAGCUUAUCUCUUUUUUCUUUUUUAAAAAAACAUUUUUCAGAGAAUUCGACCUGGAUAACAAGAACCAAACCAUAGAUCUUGUCAUUUCUAACGGUAUCUAUGGUUUGAACCCAUACCUGACUAUUACCCAUUACUGUAAUGCCGAUAAUGAUCAAGUAAAGCACGUUGAGAAGCUGAAACUUGGAGAGAACUAUCUUGGAAACUAUGAUUUGGCAAAGGCUUUAAAUUAA